AUGUUCUCAGACACAGCGAGUUCGCAUUCGUCUGGUGUACCACGAAGCGAGAUCGAAAGUGGAUCAGAAGUCAGCGGAGCGGAGACAGUUAUCUUCUUGGGACCAUCACCUCGUGGUCUUCAUCGCUCCACCUCUAUUUAUCCACCAAGAAGUCCAUCAAUAAGCUCAAAGGGCCAUACGCCGUUUUUAUCACCGUCAUUGCGCUUAUAUGACGACCUUUGUUCGCCUCCUGGGACAUCUGGUGAUGGAUCAACAAUGACGCAUGAUCUUACAGUAUUCGGAGGUUACUGUUCCCAGAACCGCAACGAUUUUGGUGUGACUAUUGCGAGUCCAAAGAAGUCGAAGAGUUGCAACCUGGACGAUGACAAACGACAAGCGAUCAUGCAAUGGGUGGACACCUGCGAACCGUUGCUAUCACCCGAUGAUGAUGAGAUGAAUAGCGAUCGGCCUCGAGAGAUUCUGUCACAUCCGUUAGAAGACAUUAUUGAACAGGACGAGGAGUCUCUGAGGGAUUCCAUACGAUCGAAACAUGAAACGGAUUCACAUCCUUUGAGUAUUUUGAGUAGAGAGGACAUCGAGAAGAUUAUGAGCAUCGAAGGAACUCCACAAGAAAACGGUUCCGAUGAAGAUGCUCUCGAACGAGCCAUGGCCGCAUCGGUAUCAUCAAUACGAUCACAUGAUAUUCUAGCAAAACUCAACGAUGACUUAGCCGCGGUGAGAAUCUUCAAAGCAUUUCAAAAGUGCACAUAG